AUGGGAAGUGGGGGCCGUAACAGCCCAGUGUCCCAUCAUACUAGGAGCAAAUUUUCGAAAGAUUCACCUCUGGCACCCCCUCUUAAAACAUGGGACAUUACAUAUCCCCAAACUGACUCUGGCGCAAUAAGACAACUACAGGGAGCAUGUGGUCAUGAAGACUCAGAAAUAGUACACCAGUGUCCUCUAAUACAGGGUGGCCAAGGCCAACAAAAAUAUCAGCCCUUCAGCCACAGCGACAUGACAGCUGUGUUGGCUAAACUUCCCCCCAUUACAUCCGGGGGAGGAAGAUGGUUGACCAAAUUACAUGCCCUUUGUCACGGUACUACCUUGGCGGUGGGAGAUUUGAGGUGUCUGUUAGGCCAGAUUUUCACAGUCUCACAAAUGACAGAUUUUGAGCAAAAUGCAACUUUAUGCCGAGUUGGCAAUGAGGAGGAGUACUCAAGGGUAAGCACUGAAGUAGCAAGAGCCCUAAGGCGAAUGUUUCCCACCCCACCAACCCUCUACCAAAAUAUUAAAUUUCGUAUUAAGCCAGGUGAGACUGGAGCUGGGUACUACUUUAGGUGUGCUGCGGAAUGGGAACAGAUGGUGGAGGAAAAUAGCCUAAACAACCCAAUAACUAGAGACAUCUUUAGAGCAGCCGUACUGUCCGGGGCUCCCAAUGGGGUUAAACAGGCACUGGAAGGCAAUCCUGACAUGCCUGCUGCUAACAACGAAACCUGGGAGCGCCAUUUGGUGUUCCAUAUAGACAGGCUUGUAGACAAACAAAAUAAAGAAUUAGAUGAUAUAGAAACAGCGCAACCCCAACUUCUGAAAUUACAGUUGGAGGCCGCAAAGGGAGGUAAGAAACCUAAACAAAUGUUGCAAAACCCUGUGAACAGCCAGCAGGGGCCGAAGGGAGAGCAGGCUCCCCCUGCUCCCUCAGUCAUUCCACCAUAUUUUGGAUAUGACCAGGGGGGGGCGUUACAAUGCCAAUUGGCACUAUAUAGGCCAAGGGGAGGGGUGAAUGCCCGCACAGACAGGGCAGUCAGGCCAUGGGACCACCUGCAGGGGGAUGGGGUCCUCUCAGAGGUGGAACCAGAGGUCGUGGACCUCAAGCCUCACUACACCCGGGGCAACUACACUCGGCUCCCCACAGCUUUCAAGCGCCCAUGCACCUGUGCAGUGACCCAACAUGGGGCUCUGGGGGAGACGCAGGGGACUGUUGAAGGGGCCCACCGAGAGUCCAUAAGAGGUAUGGGGGAGCCUCUCAUGGAGAUAGUGGUAAAUGGCCGGCCACUAAAAGCACUAGUAGAUACUGGGGCAACAUAUUCCACUGUUCAAAAAGACCACAUCACUGAAUCGCAGAUCAGUGACCAGACAGUGGGAGUAAUGGGCUUCUCUGGGGGGUUAGAAUACUGGCCUUUCACCAUCCCUCUUACCACUAAGGUGGCAAAUCAGAGUCUUGUACAUGCGUUUCUAUACUCUUCUAAAGCUCCCAUUCCCCUGUUGGGAAGAGAUUUGUUAAUAAAAUUAGGAGCAAGUAUAUUAUGUUCCCCUCAGGGGGUGACUGUUACUUUUCCAGAUGGCACCAGCAUAGACUGUUCACAGGGUCACAAAGGGGCCACACAAUGUGUACUAUUAGGGGGACCCCUAAUGGAAAUGGCCGACAUAUAUUGGGUAGAAUUAGAUACAUCACCCUCAACAACUGGGGUUUUGUCUCUCUACAACCAAAACCUGCCAUGGAUCAAAGAUAUGGCAGUGUUUCUUCCUACCAUUCAUCCUCUACACUGUACGCUGUAUUAUGACCGGAAAGCUGAUCUGAUGUAUCAAGAGGCCUUCCAGCAAAUGGAGGGCCACAUGUGGAGACUGCAAGGGGAUGGUUUGUAUAUAGGUAAGGAAGGGGUAGUAGCACCGAUCAAAUUAACAGAAAACCAGACACAAUGGUACCGUAUGUCACCAACAGCAGCUCCACAUAUUUCCCUGGCACUUAACCCUGGUCAUGAGGCUAGAGAAUUAGGUGGGAUGACUAAAAAAUUAAGAGAAGCUAAGGAUUGGGAGCUCUGUGAUAUUGAUGGAGUGCUAUAUUCUAAAACAAAUGAUGCCUAUUGGGUAAAUCAGAAUACAGAAGAUACUGGAACGCUGACACACCGUCAGCUCUCCAGGACUCAUGGUAGGGAAUUGACAGACGGCCCUGGGGCAGAAGACCUGAUUGCCAGGCAGCCAAUUUCACUCUGGUCGCAGGGACCCACGGAUGUGGGUCUGUGUGAUAUCACCCCUGUAUCAUUCAAAAUUAAAUCAGUGGAGCCUAUCUGGGUUCCCCAAUACAGUAACAAACCUGAAGCAGAGGCAGGCAUUGCAAGCACAGUACAGGGCCUAUGUGACAAAGGAGUUAUUACACCAUGGCAAUCUCCGUGGAACACUCCAAUUUUUCCCGUCCAAAAACCAGGUACUGACAAAUAUAGGUUGGUACAUGACUUACGGCGCAUAAAUGAGUUAGUCACCACUCCAACACUAUCUGUGCCAAACCCGUACACCGCCAUCUCAAGUCUUGCCCCUGAGCAUCAAUGGUUUUCCUGUAUUGAUUUGGCCAAUGCAUUUUUCUGUAUACCCAUUGCAGAGGAAUGUAAAUCAUGCCUGUCAUUUACAUAUAGGGGAACACAGUUCUCAUACAAUAGAUUGCCUCAAGGCUUUAUCUUAUCACCAGGCAUCUUCAACCAAGUUUUAAAAGACAAGCUACAACAUUGCACCCUACCUCCCUCAUGUGUAAUGAUAAUGUACGUGGAUGACUUGUUAUUAGCUGCAACUUCAGAGGCUGACUGCAUAACAGCUACUGGGGCCAUUUUGGUAAAGCUCUGGGAGGCAGGAUUUAAAGUAAGUAAGGAAAAACUGCAGAUCUGCCGACCAGCUGUUAAAUUUAUGGGCAGACUAAUCACUGGUCAGGGAUCAACACUCUCUCACCGUCAACGUGAUGGCAUUCUCAGUCACCCUAAACCACAAACGGUGAAGGACAUGCUUUCCUUCCUGGGCCUCACUGGGUUUAGCAGAAACUACAUUCCCAUGUAUGUGGCUAUUACCAACCCACUGCGGGCAAUGGUCAAAGAACAAGGCAUGCGUAACCUAACGGGACAUUUGACAUGGACCCCUGAGGCUGAAAAGUCCGUCAUUGAUCUAAAAAUGCAGUUGUCGCAUGCCGCGCACCUGCAUAGCGCAGACUACUCACUACCUUUCUUCUUGGACGCAUCAGAAACAAAAACAAGUGCACAUGGUGUCCUGUUCCAAAAACAUGCAGGUACUCGCAGGGUACUGUUAUACAUCAGCAUUUUGCUGGACCCAAUCGAACAACGCCAACCGGCAUGCGCACGUUUUGUGGCCGGCCUUGCCAAAAUCAUGGACAAAACUUCACAUGUUGUUAUGGGUCACAAGCUCACCGUCCUGACUACGCAUUCAGUCAUAGCGUUUGUCAACUCAGCAUCAUUUACUUUUUCACCACUACGACAACGAAAACUGUCAAAAUGUUUGAGUGCCCCCCAUGUUACCUACACACAUGAGGGUAUCAACAUGGAAGACCUGUUCUCCACAGGAGAACCACAUGACUGUGCUCCCCUCACAGAACAAUCCUCAAGAGUCAGACAAAACCUGACUGCCACACCAUUGCAACCCCUUGCGGACGUACUGACGCUGUUUACGGAUGGCUGUUGUUUUCGCAAGGAUGAUGGCAUGCUUACAUCUGCCUACGCUGUGGUGGAAGCUCGAGGUGACCAGUUUAUCACCCGACAUGCACAACUGCUAGAGGGUAAACAAUCUGCUCAGAGAGCAGAACUCAUUGCAGUCACCAAAGCCUUGGAGUUUGCAGGCACCCGACGAGUCAACAUUUACACAGACUCGGCAUAUGUUGUAGGGCUGUCCAUUGAGCUAGCAGUCUGGCAACGGUGUGGUUUUGUCACCACAUCAGGCAGGCCAAUCAUUCAUGAAAAAGAAGCAAAGGCACUGUUAGCGGCACUACUCAUUCCAGAGGCAGUAGCUAUCAUCAAAUGUCAAGGACAUGACAAAGGUGACUCAGACAUAGCUAAAGGCAAUGAUGCUGCAGCUCAGGCUGCCAAACAGGCAGCUGGGUACCUCCCCAGAAUGAUAAUGCAGAUGGCCGUACAUGACAAUAACCUUUUGCCAUCUUUCACUAGACCAGUAUUGGUGGCUGAGCACAAAAAAUGUUCUCCAGAAGAAAUUUCAGUCUGGAAGGAACAUGGAGCUGUACAGGCCCCAGAUGGCCUGUGGCAGGCACCGGAUGGUCGUCCUGCCCUGCCCCUUAACCUAACACCGUCUAUCAUGGCCCAAGCUCACAGUCAUGCACAUGUUGGCAGUAAACAAAUGACUAUAACCCUACGGUACUGGUGGCAUCCAUUUCUGACAGCUACUAUUACAAAUUUUGUGCUGUCAUGUACUGUAUGUCAGGAACAUAACCCCAAACCUACGUUGAAACAACUUCAGGAUGCAUUUACGCCUCUCAAGGGGCCAGGGGAAGAAAUUGUCAUAGAUUUCACUGAUAUGAUAGAGAGGGUUCAGGGAAAGAAAUAUCUCCUAGUAAUUGUGGAUCAAUUUACUGGUUGGCCAGAAGCCUACCCUACUGGCAAAGAGGACAGCACAGCAGUCAUCAAGUGUUUAAUCAAUCAUUACAUACCACAUCAUGGUUUUCCUCGCAGAAUCAGGUCAGAUAACGGGUCUCACUUUAAGAAUGAACAUUUGCACACUGUUGAAAAGUCUUUGGGAUUGAUACAUGCCUUUGGGGCAGUCUGGCACCCUAAAUCCCAGGGGAAGGUCGAACGGAUGAACCUUACCCUUAAACUGAAAUUGGCCAAAAUCUGUGCACAGACCAAAUUGACAUGGCUCUCUGCCCUACCAAUUGCAUUGCUGUCAAUAAGAUCCUCUGCAAACAGAAUCACGGGGUUUACACCUUUUGAGUUACUAACUGGUCGUUCAUUUCCAGGUCCAUCUACACCAUUGACUGCUGAUUCGUGUGGACCCAUCUCGCACUGUGUGUAUUUUGAAAAACUAACUGGUCUAAUCAAACAAUUUUCUGAGCAGGCUCCUGUCACAUGUGAUCCAGAACCAAUUCCUCCCCCGUCACAGUAUGUCCGCCUGAAGAAGUUUCGCCGGAAAUGGAAUGAGGCCCGCUGGUCUCCCCCUAUGAGAGUCAUUGAACGAACCAGUCAUUGUGUCAGACUGGCUGGCAAAGGCGAUACCUGGUAUCAUUUGUCAUCCUGUGUUAAUUGUGCUCCACCCGACAGGUUGCUGUACGACACCAGUUUGGACCUGAGGACUCAGGUCCAAGAGAGGGAAGGUUACGGAGAGCCAUCUGUGGGAGAGGGAGGUACAGUACAGAGAGAAAAACGCUGCAGUUCCACAAAACACCACAACAGGGACACUGCAGAUACACCACAAGAAGGUGACCUUUUCGCAAGCCCACCAGGUGAGCCAUUAGCACAUUGUGUGAGCGAAGAUUUAGCCUACGGGGCAGGUAUUGCAAAAACAUUCAGAAACACAUACGGGGUGGAGAAAGUAAAAGAACAACAGAGAAAAGUGGGUGAAUGUGCAGUUACACACGAAGCAGAUGGUAAAACUGUCUUUCACUUAAUUACAAAGGUUAGAAGCACUGACCUCCCCACUUAUGAAAAUUUCACGAAGUGCCUGAUAUGCAUGAGAGAUUGGUGUGUGGAACAUAGAGUGAAGAGUGUGUCUAUACCCCGGCUGGGGUGUGGGCUGGACAGAUUGGAUUUUCAGAAAGUUCAGAAUAUUUUAAGUGAGGUAUGCCGCGAGGGACACAGUCGAAUUCUCCAAAUC